UUCACAGUGAAGGAAAUAAAAUGGCGGACUAGGAUGGGAUGGGCCUCUUAUUGUGUUCUUAAUAGAAAAAAAUGUUUCAGGCUUUUAUAUCGCCUUUAAGAGGCCGCUGAGGAUCCUUUAAGGAGCUUUAGGAGAUCAGGAAUUUGGAUUUUACUUUACCGGCCCGUUUCUGAUCCCAGAAGCUUAAAGAACAUUCAGAUGAAGUGGAAGAAGAAGAGGAGGAGUCUGAAGAAGCCAGAAGGACGACUGGCCUAAGGUGUUGCCAAGGAAACAGAGCGACCACAGAUGAUGAGCCGAGAGAACUGGAGGCUUCUGCUGCUACUUCCUGUGACACUACAUUCCUUAUGCCUCAGCAGUGCACGGAAUUUCAUUUUACCGACAGUGACUUUAAUGUGGAGCUUACAGCAGAGGUGAAAGGAGAAGAGGCUUCAUCACUGGCUUCGUUGGUGCCUGUUGCCACUCGUUUCAAAGUCAGAAACAAAGGAUACAAGUCUGCCACAUCGUCUUUUCACCAGUCCUUUACCAAACCAGAGAAGAAUUUUACAGACUGCCUUUUCCCCCCUGUCCCUUUCCCCAAGUUGACUGCAGCACAAAUGCCCAAGCCAUCCUCUCUCUGCACCUCUCAGAGGGAAACAGAGACUGCUAAAAGCCCUCUCCCAUCUUCCCCUUCCACAUCUCCCUCAUCCCCCUCCUCUGUUCCCUCCUCCCCCACCUCCUCUCCCUCCUCCUUUUCUCCCAGAGGUAGAGAAACAUCUUUUCGUGAGGAUGAGGAUGAUGGCCAUGUUGGAGUUGGUAUGGUCAACAAAGUAGCAGGAGAUGGAGUGUCGUCGACUUCGUCAUCUGUGGCUCCAUCUUCGCUCACUGUACCUCCCUCAUCAUCUCUGAAACCGUUGCGUCAUGUCUCCACACCCCCCCAUCUGCAUGGCAAUGACCAGAGGGAGAGUACGGAGAUGGAGAUCUAUGACCCCUUUCACCCCACAGAUGGGGAGGGAGAAAAAGGUAUGGAUCAAGAUGAGGAGGAGGAAGGAGAUAAAUAUGACCCCUUUGAACCCACUGGCUCACCAGCUUCAGAGAAAGAGGAAGAGGAUGAAGAGAGAGAGUUGGAGAUAGAGGAAGAAGGAAGUACAGUGAGUAGCCUACCUUGUGAGUUGAAGGGAGAUCAAGGGGUUGACCUGGAGGCAGCUGCUGAGACAGCCGGUCCCCCACCAGACUCAACAGAAACCCUAAUUCCACUUCCUGAGGAUGAGGAUGAAGAGCAGGACAUGCCCACACAGUUGGACAGGAACACACCCAUAAGUGAGAGAGAGAAAAGUGUGAGACAGAGGAGGGACGAUGAUUCUGAGCAUGACUCUGAGAUAGAAGAAGGAGAGAUUGUGGGUGCUAAUGAGCGAAGUAGGGAAAGGGAAAUGGAGAGAAGAAGGGAGGUGCUGCUUUCAUCACCCGGAAGUCCUUCGUUCCUGCAAGGAGGAGGCCUCAAACCCGAGAGGAUCUUGCGGGUGCUGGAUGGUGAAGGUUUCGUGUCUGUUCGAGCUGAGGGAGAAUGGGAAAGGGAACCAGUGCCCCCAGUAGGCAUGGGCGACUUGAGGAGAAAACUUACAAGCAGACGAAAAGAGAGGUUCAGAUCGUGCCCUUCUUCUGCCUCUGUAUCGCCCCAUCCUCCCUCUGCCUUACCUUUACCCCCUCCCUCCCCUGCUGCCGCCCAGCCCCAGACUGUGGAAAAGUCAAGGAGUCGCAAAUCCUCAAAGAGCUCCAAAGAACGGGAGAGGCGAAAACGGAAAGGGAGCAAAGGAGAAGAGAAGGAGAAGCGGAAAAAGAGAAAGGAGGCUAAAGCUGAAGGGAACGAAGAAAGCAAGGACCGGGAUUGUGAGAGGAGAAGUAGAAGAGCUGGAAAAGAGAAGGACAAAGACAGGAGGAGAAGCAGCAGGAGUGACAGUCGGAAAAGGAAGAGCAGACGUCAAAGCACCCCAGAACCUUCCUCCCGCACCCACUCCCAAAAUGCAUCCCGGCAUGUGCACAGCCGCAGGUCCUUGUCCAGUCCUUCGGACGGUCACCACCGAGGGAGGGAGCGGGAUAGGGACAGGGACAGAGAAAGAGAGAAGGAGAGAGAUAGAGAUAGAGACAGAGAACGAGAAAGAGACCGUUACAGGGACAGGAGAAGAGAGAAAGAUUCCAGGAGGAAAGACGAAAGAAAGAGAGAUCGGGAUGAAGAAAGCCGGAGGUCAAGUAGCCGAGAUAGGGGGAAUGUAAAAAGGAGGAGAGAAAGCAGCGAGAGAAGAGACCGGGAGAAGGACAGGGAACGAGAACGAGAAAGAGAGCGUGAGAGGAGAAGAGAUGGCAGACCUGUCGUACCCCCAUCUAUUCAGGAUCUGAACGGAUCAGAUCUUUUUGCUAUUAAACGCACCAUUACUGUUACCUCUACACCCACUACCACAGUCCCCAGUUCUCCAGCUCACGGCCAAGACCGGCGGCGGAGUCCUGGGCAAAGCUCAGACAAACCUCGGAAGCGUAAACGGAAACGGAGGAGACGCUCUGGUGACGAAAGGGUGGAUGAGGAGUGCAGGGACAGGUCUCGCCCCUCUUCUUUAACCCCUCCCCGAUACCACAGCUACGAAUCGGACCGCCUCUCUGACCAUCCGGAGCCAGACAUGCUGUCUCUGGAUGGAGAGGCACUGGACUCUGAUUACCCUUCACUGGAAGAUUCUCCUCUGCUCCCCCCUCCACCUGAACCUCCACUCCCUAGCCCUAAACCCAAAUCCACAGCCCCUAAAAGCAGCCGGAGGCAUGAUAAGAAGAAAUCCAGAUCCAACAAAAAAACAGGCCAGUCUGAGUCCUCCACUUCUUCCUCUUCUCACAGACCCAAAACAAAAGGCAAAGGCCUCCUGCCCCCACUUUCCCCACCUCUGUCUGCUUCUUCUGGCAACACUGCAUCCCUUCCACCUGCCACGUCCUCAUCAACUGGCAAAAGACGCAAGGUGGGGAAGGAGAAAGGGGGCAAAAAGGAGUCAGGUCGUUCCGGCAGGUCCAAGAAGAUGGGCGGAAGCAGCAGAAAGGCUAAGCUGCAGUCUAAAGUGUCUGUGCUGGUGCGGGAGGGUGUUAGUAGCACCACAGGGAACUCUGGUAAACUAGGCAUUGACCUUCUAGGGCCUAGUGGAGUUAGUGGGGCUGCAGGACCUUCUGUGGUGGGUGGGUCCAUAGCUGUGGUCUUCCGUCGGGACAAUGAGAGUAGAUCGCCAUUCCUAAAACCUUGCUCAGAACCCCUGUCCUUGCCUGGCAAAGCUAAUAAACAGCGCAAUACUCUUGCACCUCUUUCUUCAACCAGCCCAGUAGGGCUCAAGUCAAAGAAAGCAAAGCCAAGCUCUACCACCUCCACAUCAUCAUCUGCAUCCUCACCCACGUCGUCAUCAGCAGCCAAGCGUAGGCGGAGGCCAGGAAAGAAGCCCCGGGAAAAAGGCUUGGCGUUGGACGGACCUGAUGCUAACAGUGCUAACAGUAGCACUUUGGGAACCGGUUGGGCUGGGCCAUCAGCUGAUAUUCAGCCUUUGGGAGGAGUUGGCCCUAAACAAUCCAGUCCUCCCUCUGCUCUUCCUGGACCCACACCAUCAUCCUCGUCUUCAUCUUCCUCUUCUUCAUCUACCAGCAUCCUCCCUCCAUCGUCCUCACCCCCCCACACUCCUCCACUUUCUUUACCACCCUCUCGAGACACUAGGGAAUCUUCUCCAGAUUCUCAAACUGUAGAUAGCAGUUGCAAGACGCCAGAACCUUCGUUCCUUUCAGAGGAGUGCCCGGCUCAGUCCCAGUCCUCAAUCCUCGUGCCCUCAAAGUCUCCCCCGAGCCCUCCGCAGUCCAGGAGUGAUGGCAUAUGCCAGUCUGCCUCCAAGCCUCUACCAUUGGAUGAUCAGAAGACAUCGCCACCAUGCUCCACUUCUUCGUCCUUGGCGGCUGCCUCACUCUCUCAUUCCAUUCCUCCUCUGGCUGCAGAUCCCUCCUCAUCCUCCUCAUCAUCAGUGUCUUCAUCAUCUGUCUCUAAGCCCCCACCUCCACCACCGCCGCCCCCUACAGCUCCACCUUUGCCCUGGAGCUUGCAGGCAGGAGUCGACUGCACAGCUGGAGGCGUUUUAGCAUUGACGGCCCUCCUGUUUAAAAUGGAAGAGGCCAAUAUUGCCAGCCGAGCCAAAGCGCAGGAGUUCAUUCAGGCCACAAGUCAGAUACUCUCUCAGGCUAACCAGAACCAGUCGCAGACACAUCCUUCAUCAUCCUCCUCCUCCUCUUCUUCCACACAGGUCCCCCCUCCUCCAUCACACGCCCCACCUCCAGGCCCGACUCCAGCACAGUUUAUUCUACAUGGCUCGCUUCCUUUGGUCGGCUGCACGAAAACGCCACCUUCUCACUUACACCCUGGACUUUCACUGGGUGGUGGAUGUGCUCAGACUCCACCCCCUCCAAUGCCUACAGGGCUGUCCAUGACAACAGGGGGUGUGCAUGAGACAAGCUGGGACAGUGAGAGUAAAGACCCUGAUAAGUACUUGAAGAAGCUGCACACCCAGGAGAGGGCAGUAGAGGAAGUGAAGUUGGCCAUUAAGCCCUACUACCAACGCAAAGACAUCAACAAAGAUGAGUACAAAGACAUCCUGAGGAAAGCUGUGCACAAGAUAUGUCACAGCAGGACAGGUGAGAUCAACCCGGUGAAGGUGAGCAACCUGGUAAAACUCUACGUCCAGAGGUACAAGUAUUUCCGGAAGCACGGACGCAAAAUGGACGACGAGGAGAAGGAAGAGCGCGAGUCUGCCUCCCUGCACUCGUCCGUGUGAUUGGACAUGAACUGCUUUAAUGCUUUAUUCUGAAUGGACAAGUAUUUGAGGACCCUCCCUCUAUCUUGCACGUGACUGGGCCCCCGUCAAAGCAACCGAGCGAGAGUUGUUCCCUGUGUGCUGACAUUGUGUAAACGUGUACUCUACUCCCCUCCCUCUGUCUGUCUUUCGUCUCGCAAUACAGAUGUAUGAUUAAAUGAUUAAGUGUGACUCAGAGUAUGGUUAAAAUAACAUAGAACCCCCAAUACAAACUUAGUAUGAAGAGAUAAAGAACA